AUGAGCGGCGGAGGCCAUGCGCCAUUGAUUCCUAACCGUGUUGCCCGUGGAGCCACGUCCGCCGUUCCACAGGUCGUCGGCGGCCGUGAUGGGAUCCAAGGAGAAGACGACAACGUCCCCCAUUCGAAAAGACCAGAGUGCAAGAAAUUCAGGAGGGCCAUACCUGCAUACACUGACUUCCUAAGAGAGAUGUACCAAGGAUGGACAGUUGAUGGCCGGUCCCCAUGCAUCCCCGGACUAAAUGCAGAUGCAGAUGGAGAUGAAGAUGCAGAUGGCGAUGAGGGUGAAGAAGCAUAUCACGAUGCACAUGACCUCAACAGUCCCAUGAGUACCAGCAGCCGCAAGAGGGGGAGUUCUAGCACCACAUCAACAGCAAAUAGUCCAUCCAAGAAGCAGAAAAAUCCCAUGCUCAGGGCCAUGAAGGGGCUGAUAGACACCAUCCAAGCUGGGAACACUCAAGAGCAGAACAAUUUGAAGAUGGCGAAUGAACAGAAGAUGACAUCAGAAGAACUGCAUUCUCUAGUUGAACUUUCCUAG